AUGUUUAUGGACGAAGAAAAAGCAAAAAAGUUGAAGUUUGGAGCCAGGAAGAGGUGUAAGUUACACAAUUUUUGGUUUUUAGGCAAGCCAUUUCAGCUUUACUUUCAAAAAUUCAAAAAAUUUAAGUUCUGACAAAAAAAAAUUUUUUUUAAAAUUAUUUUAGUGAUAAUCGGUUGCCAGAGUUUCCAAAUCCAGUUCCGAGUCAUCGCUUUUUCUAUGCUCGAGAUUCAGUUUUGUCAAAUAAGGAAAAUGAAUUCGAAGUUGAAACCAACUCACGACUAGUCGAUAUCACAGCUGAUAAAGCGUUGAUCGACAAGUUAUUGACAAGGUUGGAUAGUAAUGGACCUUAUCCAGAUUGGCAAGAAAUUGAAGAAGAAAUGAUUCGAUUGGAAAAUGAUCCUAACAACCAUGAAUUCAGGGAUGAAGGAAGGCAUGGCAACGGGGAGGUGAGUGUAAACAAUACGUUUUUUUAAAGUAAAGGGUAGGGUAUGGUAGGGCAGGGCAAAUUUUACAUUAGAUUUGCAUUUUUAGACUAUACCAACGCCACCAACUUUAAACACUACGUUAAUCGAGCUUCAAUCAUCACUUCCACCUACUACAGUACCAUUUGAGACCCCACCUACUCUUCCGUUUUUGCUGCAAACCACUACAUCGUCAUUAUCAGAAACAGUACCAACAGCUACCACCGUACCAUUCAAUGCAUUUGAUUGGACAACUGAAAUUAACAUUGAUCGAUCUGAUGAGAUAACUCAAGCUGAUAGUACUGAAACUUUGACUAGCCAAAUGAUUGAUAGACUGGUCACGGCUAUGACUUCUGGGGCUUCUAUCAAAGUUACAGUGAAUAACUCGACUGCAAGUGCUAUUCAAGGUAGAAUUGACCGUAAUUAUACUACUCACUUGAAUCGUAAUGAUGAUGUGGAUAUCACUACUACUGUAAGGGCUUAUGGUACUAAUGAAGGUACUAUUAUAAGUACUACAAACAUGCCUACAGCUACAAUUGUGUUUACUACAGCAAACGCUAUUGUUUUUCCUGUUUCUAAUGGUACAAAAGAACAAUAUGCUAUAUCAAAUGAUGUAGAUAUUGAUACUAACAAUGUAAAAGAAAAUAUUGCGUCGUCCAGUGCAACUAUAACACCUACAAGCACUACCGUAUCAAGUCCAAAUUAUAAAGUUUUAGAAAUUGAGGAUAAUUUAAUAACAGAAUAUUCCAGUAG